AUGCACUCCAUGACAACUUUAGCCACGGCUUAUUUGGGCUUCGGUAUCUUCGAGGUUCCUGUUCCCUAUGACCUGGGCACCAACGCCAUCACUUGCAACUUCCUAACCAACACCUACUGUCCAGUGCUGCAGGACGAAGUCGUCACUUACUCUCUCAGAAUGUACAUUGAAUCUUUCUUCCCUGUGGGCACGGCGGUAACCAUCGAGUUCCGCGUCGUGGACCACAACGGAGACCCGGUGUUGUGUAUCCGCAUACCGGUCACCAUCGUCAGCCCCGUAGAAACACCAGAUCAGAAGUCCAACGCUACCUUCUUUAUUAAUGACGGCCAAUAG